CUGUGGGGUAUCACCGGGACCGGGUAGAGGAGAGCUGGAUGGAGGUGUCACCGUGCCCUCCUUGUCCCCAGCGGCCCCCGGGGCUCAGCAUGGCGGGCCGGGGCCGCGGCCGGGGCCGGGGGCAGAUGACAUUCAACGUGGAGGCCGUGGGGAUCGGGAAGGGGGACGCGCUGCCCCCGCCCACGCUGCAGCCCUCGCCCCUCUUCCCGGCCCUGGAGCGCCGCGCCGCGCCCCUGCCCGGGGGCGAGGAGGGCGAGUACAUGCUGGCCCUGAAGCAGGAGCUGCGCAGGGCGAUGAGGGGGCUCCCCUACUUCGUCAAACCGGGAGCACCUCGCAGAGACAUUGAGCGCUACUCAGACAAGUACCAGCUCUCCAGCCCCGUGGACAGCGCCAUCGACUGGAACCCAGACUGGAGGCGGCUCCCACGGGAACUGAAGAUCCGGGUGCGGCGGCUACGGAAAGGCAGGACCACUCCUCUCGUCCCUAAGCAACACGUGGCGCUCGACAAGGAAGAGACUAUUAAAAAGCUGGAGACCCUGGAGAAGAAGGAGGAGGAGGUGACAUCAGAGGAGGAAGAGGAGAAGGAGGAGGAAGAAGAGGGGAAGGAGGAGGAGGAGGAGGAGUACGAUGAGGAGGAGCACGAAGAGGAGACCGACUACGUCCUGUCCUACUUUGACAAUGGGGAGAGCUUUGGCCCUGACAGUGAUGAUAAUGGCGACGAGGCAGUGUACUGACCCCGAGAAGACCACAACAGUGGGGACCCCCUCACCCCACCACCUGGAAGCAGAGACUCUCUUACUUCUCGGGGGCAUUGGGGUUCCCUGUCACCCCACCUUGGGGCAUCAGGGUCCGCUGUCCUCCUCCGUAUCACCACCAGGUGGCGCCGGUGGUCCAGGCCCGGCGGGUGGGGUGGGACCCUCCAAUUUUGGGACCUCCUGAGAGGAGCGGAGGGAGGGGAAUCGCGCUUUUUGGGGUGAUGGGCAGUCCCCAAAAGUGCCCUGGCCUCCCUCUGACCACCCCCACCCCCCGUUUUACAGCAGCUUUUUGACUUUUGUGCUUUUUCUUAAACAAAUUUUGCGUGGAUUAAAGUGGAUUUUGGUA